AUGAAAUUUUCCCUUGCUCUCCUUUUCGGUUUGCUGGCAUUGCUGAGCAUUGUCCAAUACUCAAGUGCAGGCUCAGCUGCUUUUGGCAGCAGGAAGGCAUUGAAAGGUGGCAUCGCCCAACACAAGACAGCUGUAGAGGCUAAGCUCAGUGACUUGGAAGCAAAACUCCAUGAUGAAGAAGACGACGAAGAAGAAGAAGAAGCUCCCACAAACAAAUUGCUUAAACCCGAGGAAGAAGAGGAUGAAGAAGAUGACGAUGAAGAUGAUUUGGACUCUCGGGCCAACAGACGUGGACGCAGGCGCAGGCAUCGCAUGAGACAACGUCGUCGUCGCCAACGCCAACGUAGACGUCGCAUGCACAGACGCCGUCGCAUGCACAGGCGUCAACAUCGCGGUUAA